AAAUUACCGAUAUAAUUAAAGUAAAAACGCGGAUAUUACCUUAAAAUGGCGCUGAUAUUAGCAUUCCAUUUUUUGCUACUUUAGUGAAUCGAAUAACCGUCUUCAUUAUUUCGUCAUUCAAUUUAUUGUAUUAGACAACUCGUUUCUGGUAUUAGUGGUUUUAUUCCCUCAUGUUCAAUCUUGAACGGAAGUGAAAUUAAUCACGGGAUAUAUUUGCACACGUGACAUCCUGUUGCAUUCAUAUUGCACAAUGACCGGUUGCGAGUAGGUUGUCAAGGAAAACAAUACAGCAAUACGAGAACCCAUAAAUUGGCAAGUACAAAACCAAAAUGGUUUUAUUAGGAGAAACCUUUCCUAAUUUUAAGGCCGAGACGAGUAUGGGUACGGUCGAUUUCUAUCAGUGGUUAGGCAACUCAUGGGGUAUUCUGUUUUCCCAUCCAAAUGACUUUACUCCAGUUUGUACCACCGAAUUAGCAAGAGUGGUACAGCUUAUGCCGGAGUUCAAAAGACUCUGUGUGAAAGUUAUCGCCAUGUCUUGUAAUUCAGUCGAAUCCCAUAGAAAAUGGAUUGAGGAUAUUAAAUCGUUUGGGGAUAUAAGCGAAGAAGGAUUUCCAUACCCAAUAAUAGAAGAUGAAUCCCGUAAGCUUUCGACAUUCUUUGGGAUGUUAGAUCCUAUGGAAACGGAUAGCAAUGGUCUCCCGUUAUCUGCCAGAGCAGUUUUUGUUAUCGAUCCAUCAAAGAAAAUGCGUCUGUCAAUUUUAUACCCUGCCACCACUGGACGAAACUUCGAUGAAAUCAUAAGAACAAUUGAAUCGUUACAACUCACGGAGAAACACAAAGUCGCAACUCCAGUAGAUUGGAAGAAAGGAGAUGACGUAAUGGUUCAACCUACAGUAUCCGACGAAGAAGCUAAAAAACUAUACGCAGAUGAUUUGAAGGUUAUUGCCUUACCAUCAGGAAAAUCUUAUCUUCGAAUCGUACCUCAGCCCACCAACUAAAUUCCAAUAACCCAAAAUAAUUUAAUACCAGACUUCUAAAUAAAUGAUAUUUUGUUUACUACUUCCAAAUGUUUUCAAAUAAAAUCAAAUAAGUGCCGAAUCUUUUUUCUCGUCGACAAUCAAAUAAUAAGAAAACUUCUUGGCCAACCCACUCAUGGAGAAACUAAGCAAAACCCACACGAUUUGUCGACGUUUGCAAACAACAAAAGAAGCCGUUUAUUAUUUCACCUAAUAUAAUUAAAAGUACACUGCUUUAUAUACACUUUUCCAAGUACACAUGUUGCUUACUAUGUCUAGGCAGAUUGUAUAUUAUGUACAGUCCUCCUCUCCAUUUUAAAUUAUCGCUAAAUAUUAAUAACUUGUCUACGUUACGGUUACAUUAUAUUACGCGUACGAUAGUCCAUAAUAAUGCAUAGCAGCAGUUAUAUAAAACAGUCCCUCGGUCAAAACCAAUAAGAUCAAAAAGGAAUAAUCGAUUUAACAGAAAUGAUACCUCGUUAAUAACGUUACGUAAUUAAAAAGUUAAUUACCACACAGUGUGUAUAACUCCGCAGAAAUACUAUUGCCCGGUCUCUGCCCGGGGUGGCUCGGUGUAUCCACUCGCGUCGAAUCCACCAGGUCGUGUCCCGAGAGUCCGCACCUCGUGCACUAGGUCGCUUCCUGGACGUAAAUCCUGGCAUAAAUAAUCCCUGGAGUCGCUACGACAAACGCAGUCCAUCAACAAAACUGUUCCAACGUUACCACGUCACAAGUGCAUCGGCAUCAGAGGACCCAACCGUGGAUCUCCACGUCUCGUACAAGGGGUUUCAUUUCCCAUCGAGGCGAUCACUAUCUAAUUCACGACCGUGGACAUCGCCGUGGCUCGAGGCAUCUCUUCGGGGUGCCCGUUGAGGUUAGCUGCAAUGAUCGACCCCCGGUAACCUUAGGAACCGGGACGAACGAUGCCCGCUCGUGGUGCCCAACGAAGCCUCGGUACAAAACCAGGUAUCUCGUAAUUAAUUUAUUCCUCUAUUUUUCCCUUAAGUUACUCAAUCGCGACAUUCCAGCGUUUCGGCGGGAGUCGAGGAUACACCCGCUCGGACGAGUCGUCCAGAUCCAGUCUAAACGUGCGAUACGCAGUCGUUGGCGUCACAUAACCUCAAAGUCGUAAACUCAUCGAGUUCCGUUAUAAUUCCCACCAACGCUCCUUCGAGCUCCUAAUGAUGCGCAACUAAUUCGUUAGGUUUACAUCCUUCCAGUCCAGGAGGGGACCCCUAGGUGUUCCGCCGACACCCGGGGAUCCGUCCUGAGAGAGCUGGAUAUACCAUGGCAGUUCUCCGGCGAGCCGUCGCGGCCGUCCCUUCGGCGCGCCCAGAAAAUGAGAGCGCGCGAGGACCGAUCGACAGAGGGUCCUUGAAGAAGCGCGCGAGGACCUUUGGGCAACAACUCCCGAGUAAGCGUACGAGGACCGAAUCGACCGCGUCGUCAAGAAUCGGUUCUAAAAUCGGACGUCUUCGUGUCUGCGCUCCCGGAGGAAGCAGCGCGCGAAGACCUUGCGCUCGGCGUCCGCCACGAGCAACGUACUUCCUUGCGAUCUAAGCACCGCUUCCGCCGUCCUCCCUUCCCCGAAAGCUACCGAGAGACGAUACGUUAUCUCGACCUCUUCACGUUUUUGCGAGACUUCCUGCAGGAAAUCUGGUAGUCAAUACCGUUGAGCCAUCGUCAAAAAAAAAAAAAAAAAAUC